CUUCUUGUUACUUCCCGGGUUGAGUUUGAGAUCUGGAAAUCAAAGUGUACAGAACGAUGAAUCACCCUCAUCGGCGGUUACCGCUUCUCGAGCGGCUGCGCGAAGAAUCUGACCAGCUAGCGGCUAAACGCGAAAAAGUUUUGCCGGGCACGCGAAAAGCCGAAGCGGAGGUUGAGCGACUUGACGCGGAUUUUUCGGAGAAGUUGGAGCGAGCGACCGAUGCUGAGAAGCGGCUGGAAGAAAAAGAGAGCGAACAUGUGCACCUGACAGGUGUCAGUGCGUCAGAGUACAAUGCUCUAUGUGGCGACAUCUCAGACAUGCAACAAGAAAUCAAAGAAGCUGAGCCUCACGUAAAACUUCCGAUUUUUUUGUAAGAUGCAUGUCCCAAAAAAGUAUCCAUGCGUUUUAUUUGCUCAUAUUAGAGUUGGCGUUCAUGGAUAGCGAUUUAGACGAGUUGAAAAUUUAAAGAUAGGUUGUGCUGAACUGUAACUGUGUGUAACUGUAAACAAGAAACAAAGAUGUAUUUUACCUAGAUCAUAUGGUUUUGUGCAUGAAAUAAGAAAUGGUAAUGAUGGUGAUUAUAAUGUUCACAAUCAGUGUACAACAAGUCGUAACAAGAUGUAGAUGAACUUUUUUUUUUCUUGUCCCAGAGGAAGCGGCGCAAUGCAGACAGCUUCGCCCUGACGCAGGAGAUAGAGACGCACUCCGAAAAGCUCGAAGUGGUGCGCGAAGCAGCAACCGCAGCAGUCGCGAAGACGCAGUCUGCGAUGGAGCAAAUGACGAACUCUGACGGUGACCUCCAGCGCACAAAGGAUCUCUUAGCACAGGAGCGACAGCGCGCCUUGGACGCUUUGCGUAGUCUCCAAUGGGACAAACAGUAUCUAGAGGAUUUGCGGCAGAAGACGCAUGCGAUCAAGAACCACGUCCAAGUCUUCUACGUGGCAGAGAGCGGUACUCCUAUGAUGAAGAAGAUGAUGAACGCGUGAUCAUGAACUGUGUCUGAGACGAGUGAGGACGUCGCUAAUUGGUAAGCAGACCGUUGUAAAAAGAAUGUGCUAGUAAUCCUCGUGGAAUAUAGUUUUACCUGAUUAUUUGCACUCUAGUUUGAUGCCGUUGCCGUCCAACCCAUUUCCAGGUUCCUACGCGCGACCUUCGUCCACCCACGAUGGGGCGGGCAAAAGCAGUGGAUCGACUUUUCCGUUCUUUUCGACUGGUGCGGAUUCCACGCCGCGUUUUUUUGGUGUUGCGAAAGAAGAGGCCUCAACGUCUAGCUCCUUGUCCGCUGACGCGAAAGGGCAAGACGCCUUGCAGCAUUUGUCCAAAUAUGUUGCGCAAACCCAAACGCCUGUUUCCGGUGCAAAUGUGCGCGUUGAUGAAGUGAUAUACCGCGACGAGGUGUUUCGCGAUCAGUGCAUGCCUUCUGAAGUCGUCGACACGCCACCCUGGGAAAACGAGGGGCACGACCAGAAUGAUAUGAAGAAAUCUCAUUCAACAGAUCCAGGACAACAAGAAAAGAAGAGUGACUCAGCGAGCAGUGAUACGAGGAGAAAUAAUUCUGGUCGUCGCAGUAUUCCGAAUUCGAUUUCCAAGGUACCGGCUUCUGGAGGCUUUGGGACGAAGAUGAACAAGAAGAAUACUCCGACUAAAGGAGUUAGUAUAAAUGAAGCUUCUAGUACGGGCAGCACGACGUCAACAUUAACGCGAUUGACAGAAGAAAAUCGUAGACAAGCACAUGAGAAAAUCGCAGAAAAGUUUGUCCGGGAAGUUCCCUACGUCAGGGAGAAAUUAGAGAAGCAGCACCAAUCAGGAUGUCUUGUUUUCGUAGGCGAGAGCCCAGAGCUUUUUCAAAUGGUGGCUUCGAAAGUCGAAACUGCUUUCAACGAAACUUCCUACAGCAUGUUGCAGCAGCAACUACAGGCGGUUACGCAGGAUGGUGCGAACAGUGGCGAGGAGGUCCCAAUGCCUGCGGCUUCUAUGGGCCGCGGCAAGUGUGCAUCUGCAUCAGGCGCGACAUCGCUCGGAAGCAAGCUACUGGGGGGAACAAAGGCAACUUCCAGCUUGAUAGGGGGCAGAUCAUGUACUAGUAAGGCAGCAGGUGGGUCUUCAGACUUCUGUAAAACGUCAAUUGUGAGAAACUUAGAGCCUCGCACUUCAGGACAAAAACGACCAGCUUCCCAAGAACGUGGCAGACCAGCUUCGCAGGACCGGGGACGUCGCUCCUCUCAGGAUCGUAACCGCGCCACUGCAAGCGCAAACUGUAACACGUUUUCUAAGGGUGGUGGUGCAAACAAUUUUAAGGAUACAACAUAUGGCGCACUGCCUCCACAAGUUGUAGUGCACAACAGGUAUAAGCUACGCACCAUUUCUCGAGCUCACUGCAUAAUUGUGGGCUCAAAGAGACUUCGCGAUCGACGAGCUGAAGAUCAAGCCGGAGGGGGAGGUUCCACCAGUUCAACAUCGAAGGUUUUCUUGUUCUCGGACAGCAAAAGCGGAGAGUCGCAUUCUUCGUCGAUGUUCGGAGGUGCCACAGUUUCUAGUGCCUCGAUUACAACAACAGCUUUCAGUUCCUCUGCGGCAACCAGUAGCAGUACUUUGGCAAAUGCAGCGUUCAGUGCGAGUAUGCUCCUGCACCCUCAGAAACAGCUGUUUCACGUGAUAGACUCAGCCACCAAUGCGCAGAAAUUGCUCACGGAGGAAGAGCGUCAACGGCAAUUGUUUCACUCAUUGCCGGACCCAGAAGUCCAACCUAGUUUUUCUGUGAUUCAUGUCUAUCCUGCAAAUGCGGGUCGUCUUUGUGAGCUGUUUAACGCACUACAACCUGCAAAGUCGAAUCGCGGGGGCGGUGCUACGCCCAGUAGCGGUCUGCACUCGGCUACGUCGCCGCUUUUCGGUGGAUCCUCAUCAAGCCUUUUCUCAAUGUUCGAUAGCACAGCAGGGCAGCUUUCUUCGAGCUCUUCUGAUAUUUCGCUUGGUGGAACCAAGCCAGGAAGUUCUACUACGACAUCCACGACAUUUGCGGCGGGCAAGAUCAGCAGUCUGACGACGGGCAGUCAAGCGGCGCAGUUUGUGUACGGAGACGAGGAUGACUCGGCUGCCCCAAUGGCGAUCGCCGUCACGAUGGACCAUGUCAAAAAUUUACUCCAUACACCGCACGCUGGAUACUUCGCGGUUGUCCUGGAGGAUCCCACUGUGCCACUUCUAGCGACAGCGCUUCGUUGGCGACACUUCGACUCCCGUGGCGGUUUGGCCUUGUCUGAGCACGACAGGAAGAACUCGGAGCAUGACCGUAGAAACAUGAGUGGAUCAGCCGGGGCAUCCUCCAUGAUUGCGAAGUCAAGCUAAGAGAACAAGCACACGAUCUUGUAGUUACUUCAUCAUGUACUCGUACUAUAACCAAUGAUGACGCGCGUUGUCUAAUGAUCCGUUCCAGACGAAUUCAAUGACGCUGGGCUUAAGCCAACUAGCUCACAAGACAAACGGAUGAGGGGAGCAAGGUCCUCGUUUUCGUGAUGUGAUCAGAAAGUAACUAGGAAGAGAUGGUCUUUUCUGUUGGUCAGACUCAGUUUCUCCUGUCCAAGGAUCCUCAAAUUUAGCACCGUUAACCACCGGCACAAGAUCUAAUGAUUGAACGAUAGCGCCAACGUCGUG